AUGAAAAGUCAAAAUGAAAAUGAACGCAACAAUGCUCGAUUAGGACCGUGGAGAUCCCCGGACUCCCUCCGUUAUCAGUCCGGAGCCUCGUUGGACUCCGUGCGGAAUUCCUUUUUCCUUCCGAGCUCUUUCGGGACUGGGAUUCAAUCCUCGAGGUGCGAGCCAGUAGUGUACGAGUCGGGGUCUGGAUGCGACCCUUUUCAGCCCGCACCCCCUUGCUACAUGGGAUUCAGCAGUUGCUACUGGCUGUACUACAUCCAACACGGUGUGCGUCAUGACGUGCUCACAUCUCAGCGCGAGGAAUAUCCAAGCUGA